AGGCCCAGAAUGGAAAGAGGCGGGGCCUCGAGAGGUAGUAAUGAAUCUGCCCCCUCCCGGGGGAGAGCCGAGGAGCAUUAAUAAAUCUCUAAGCCGAGGAGGAAACUCUGGCUGGGGCAGAGCGCCGAGCUCCGACUGUUGGUGGGGACCGGCGGCCGGAACCGCAGCGCCGGCGGCGGCGGCGGCUGGAGCAGCACGGCCGGCAAAAUACAAUAGAGGCAACAACAGAAGGGAGCCCGUGGUCCUCUCCGUAAACACACUCCCCUCCAGCGCCGCCUCCCCCAGCGCGCGCCGUGCUGCCGGGCGCCCGUGGCCGCUCGGACUGCUAUGUAACCGCCAGACUGCGCGAGGAAGGGGACCAGAGAGAAGAGAUUCGCCCGGGGGAGCCCCUGGGGGCCAAGUUUGCGGCACUUCUGCACGCGCCCUCCCGUAGCCCUCGCCCGCCCCUUCCUCCGCCCCAGCUGGCCCGGGUGUCCUCUGCCUCCUUGCGUGCCCAGCAGCCGCGGUUCCCGGCGACCAUGGUGACGGUGGAGGAGCUGCGGGAGAUGGACUGCAGCGUGCUCAAAAGGCUGAUGAAUCGGGAUGAGAACAGCGGCGGCGCCGGCGGCAGCAGCAGCCACGGCGCCCUGGGGCUGCCGAGCGGCGGCAAGUGCCUGCUCCUGGACUGCAGACCGUUCCUGGCGCACAGCGCGGGCUACAUCCGAGGCUCGGUCAACGUGCGCUGCAACACCAUCGUGCGGCGGCGGGCCAAGGGCUCCGUGAGCCUGGAGCAGAUCCUGCCCGCCGAGGAGGAGGUGCGCGCCCGCCUGCGCUCCGGCCUCUACUCGGCGGUCAUCGUCUACGACGAGCGCAGCCCGCGCGCCGAGAGCCUCCGCGAGGACAGCACCGUGUCUCUGGUAGUUCAGGCGCUGCGCCGCAACGCCGAGCGCACCGACAUCUGCCUGCUCAAAGGUGGCUAUGAGAGGUUUUCCUCCGAAUACCCGGAAUUCUGUUCCAAAACCAAGUCCCUGGCAGCCAUCCCACCUGCUGUGUCCCCAAGCGCCCCCGAGUCCUUGGACCUGGGCUGCGGCUCCUGUGGAACCCCCCUGCACGACCAGGGGGGUCCUGUGGAGAUCCUUCCCUUCCUCUACCUCGGCAGUGCCUACCAUGCAGCCCGGAGAGACAUGCUGGACGCCCUGGGGAUCACGGCCCUGUUGAACGUCUCCUCUGACUGCCCCAACCACUUUGAAGGACACUAUCAGUACAAGUGCAUCCCGGUGGAAGACAACCACAAGGCCGACAUCAGCUCCUGGUUCAUGGAAGCCAUCGAGUAUAUCGAUGCGGUGAAGGACUGCCGCGGGCGGGUGCUGGUGCACUGCCAGGCGGGCAUCUCGCGCUCGGCCACCAUCUGCCUGGCCUACCUGAUGAUGAAGAAGCGGGUGAGGCUGGAGGAGGCGUUUGAGUUCGUCAAGCAGCGGCGGAGCAUCAUCUCGCCCAACUUCAGCUUCAUGGGGCAGCUGCUGCAGUUCGAGUCGCAGGUGCUGGCCACGUCCUGUGCCGUGGAGGCCGCCAGCCCUUCCGGGCCCUUGCGGGAGCGGGGCAAGGCCACCCCCACCCCCACUUCGAAGUUUGUCUUCAGCUUCCCAGUCUCCGUGGGUGUGCACUCGCCCCCCAGCAGCCUGCCCUACCUGCACAGCCCCAUCACCACCUCCCCCAGCUGUUAGAGCCACUCUGGGAACCCCAAAACCAGUCGGCUUCUGGCAAGGGUUAGGUGGGCCAUGUGUGGGCAGCAAGUCGGGACUUGCUGGGGGCAGGCGGCCAAGCUCCUUCCCAUCCAUUUCUCCUUGGCCAACCAUGGGGCCAGCUAGAAUGGCAAUAAGGACUGAAUACAUAUAAAAAGCAAACAAACAAAACACUCCAACUUACAGCAAUAAUGGCUGCCUCAGCAGGCAGGGGAGCCCUUGGUUUGGUUUAUGUGUCAGUUUUACUUUUCAGAUAGGAAUUUGUUACCUCAUUUUUUGAAGCAGUAAGGCUUGAAGUUAUGAAACCCACAGAUCCUGGCAAACGUGCGCACCCAGUUUGAUUUACGGGGAGAGGGCGGGCUGGAGGGAAAGGAACCGGAAGAAAACAGGUCUGCCGGAAGUGCCUGGUUCUCUGUGCUUGGUCCCUUUUUGUUUUCCUAGUUAGAGGAAUUUUUUUUUUAAAGAAAUCUUUGAGGACAUGAUUUUCCUUUCUGAGUCACCCACAGGUGAAUAAUUAUGCUUAAUAAUAAAUAAAAGUAUUUAUUAAGAGUUUCCUUGGAGUAUGUAAGUACAAGGAGUCUAGUGACAGUGGAUUUAGGAUGUAUUUAUGUUGACGUCCAUCAGCCGAGCACAAGAGCAUGCGAGCCUCAAAGCAGUGAGGGAGUCAGUGGUGUCUCCUCCGUGUGGACCGGUUAGCAUGAUGAUCAGCUUGCAUUGGGUGCCACUGAGAAGCAGGCCAGGGCGGGUGGGAGGAGGAAGAAAGGAAAGGAUGACAUUUUAGUUGCUUUUGAAGCUGGUUUCUGGGCACAUAGACCACUGAUGCCGUAAACCACAAUACCACCUUCUCUCUCUGAUGAUCGGUAACUCAGUUUGGCGGUGGGAGCAUUUGCUUACAGGCCUGCCUGAGGACUUGUAUACCAUCUGUGAUAAAUGCUAUACCAUAUAUGGUGCUCCUGAAAAAUUGGGUGCAAUUCAGAUUUUCCUACAGCAAAUCAUCUGGCAAGGCCAUUGGGAAAACCAGCUAACUAGAGACAGGUCGGAAAUGGAUCCUUUUCUAAGUGGAAGCACCAUCUCUUUUUGCAUAGAUUGGAGUUUUUAAUUGUAGGGGGUUUACUCUGAAGUAUACCAAGAAAUUCUUGUGUUCUUCAAAUUCCUAGUGUAGGUGAAUAUUUUUAAAGGCCCUCUUUUGAAUAAAAAGAGGGGCGUGGACCCACAUUUCAGGUCUCGCCUGAGGGCUAGAAUGGCAGAAGAGCGUGAGUGAGGAGUCGGGCAGACUCUGCUUGGGAGCUGGCUGCUGGGCUUCCAUGACGGGCAUGCAGGGCACUUGGGUGCCACUGUGGAAUCCUUCCAUGGGAUAAUGCCGUCUUAAGGGACCUUUCCAAAUGGAGGAAUGGCUUUUGGAGGAAGAAGGAUGUUUUCUGUGGUUUGGACUUGGGGGGAGGGAGGAGGGAACAAGCUCCAUGUCGUUUCAUUUGUAGUGUCGUGGAACAGUGUUGUCACAGAGUGUCAGAUUAGAGGUAAUUGCAAACUUGUCUAGAAACGAGAGCAUGUUUCUUUUAGCCCUUUGAGAAUCUACAUCUAAAUGAACAUUCUUGCUCACCCGUAAAUAACUUCAAGCCUCAAUGUCAGAAUAGUGUUGGAAUGCUCUUUCUCACCCUGGCAUCCCAGACAGGACCAGGUUGGUUACAUUUCCUUCCAGAAACAUAAACCUGUGUUGGCAUCAUUUGUCUUGCCUUUUGUCAAGCCCGUCUCUGGGUGAGGCCCAAGUUCCCACUUCCUGUUUUGAGAAAAGCCUGGGGCUCCCUCCUUCCCCAGGAGCUGCUUGGCUGAAUAGUGAGGGGUAAGCCAUGGAGGGGUUGGGGUUCCUGGACAAUGGUCCUAUUUAGAGACGGCACGGUUGGAUGUUCCCAUUUUUUCCAUGCCUCCUGGAAGUCGCUUCUUGUUUUGUGAUGAAUGCAGUCAAGUGGGUUCUGCAGCUGAAAGAGCGAUGGGUUCCAGCAGCAGAGAGGGGAGGGCAAGAAGCCUGGAACAGAUUCACUUUUUAUAGAAUGAGUCUACACUUGCCAAAACCUGCGUAUCCUGCUUUCCCAGACUGGAUUCCAACCACACGGACAGUCGGAGCUCAGGACCAGCCCCAGACAUGCCUUUCCCCUGCUUUCCAAGUCAAGUCUUCACCACAAUGUCAGACUGCUAUUUAUAAAGCCAUUUUCUUUGUACUUGAUAACAGCAUGAGUCACCAAACUCUUAGAAAUAAAAUAGGAAAUUGGCUUGAUUGGAAAAGGGGAUUUGGGGUCGUUAUUCUCCCAUCAGAAGCCUCUUGAAUGACUUAGAAGUGUUCUAAGGAAGACACCAUGGCAGGGUCAGUCCAGUGGGUUUCAACAGAAAUCCCUCCCAUGGAAUGAUUUCUGGUGACGUGAAAUUUCUAUAAUGGCCAAAAAGCAUUGCCGCUUGCACUGAUUAUCAACUGUGCUGUUGUCUACAAAAGGCUGUAGACUCACUGGAUCUUUCUAUAGAGACUGGGGAGUGCUGCCAGUUCCCUCCUGGAAUCUUGUGUGACCCAAGGGUGCUGGUGGAGCCCUCAGGGAAAUGGGCUUCCUCUCCCACGGAGCGGUAGUAGGCUGAAGCUGCUCGUGAGCAGGUGGCCGGGAGAUCCCAGCUGCGGUCUUUCCCUUCCUGAUGCCGUUUUCCUCAGGUGCUCAUUCCACCUGGAUUCCAGACUUUUCAACGAAGUUGGGAAGCCAUGAAGAAACAUUUAAAAUCCUUGGGAAGGCGGCCAGAGGGAGGUAGGAUGGUUGAUUCAGGUGUGAGGGGAAGGGGCCGUUAGACUGGCCUCUAAGCCGGUAGUUUUAAGGCAGUGGUUCACCUUGGCUGCCCAUUAGCAUCAACGGGGGAGCUUUCAAAACCUUGCUCCUAGGCUAUCCCAGACCAAUUAAACCAGCAUUUCUGGAGGAGGGACACAGGCAUCAGUGUGUUUCAGAGCGCCCAAGUGCUGUCCAUGUGUAACCAAUUUGGGGAACUGCUUUCUGGAUGGCAAGGUGCUGUUGGAGGCUGGGUCUUCAUAACACAGAGUUGACUUGUCUCACAGAAACCACAGCCCGAGUUUGUCACUGGCUCAGCAUAGUCUCACUGCCAGUCCCAGCCUGGCUGAGGGACAAGAUGGUUUCUGUCAGGAGCUCAAGGAGCACGUGACCUCCUGAACGGGCACCCUUUCAUGCCCCUUGCAAGUCAGCUGAUCUGUGCAGCAUUGUUGGGAAACUGAAUACAGUGUCUGGAUGUUGAUGUUUUUCCUCUUUGAAGAUAUCCCUCCCCCCAGGAGCACCCUGCCCUUCCUCAGAGUUUAUGAGUCACACGAGGAAGAGGCUUCUUCAAGACAGAGCAAUGCAAUACUUGUAACUUCUGUAAAUAGCCCCAUCUUUCAGAGUGAUGUCAUUUCUACAUUUGAUAUGCUUGUAUUUCCGUAGGAUGUAUAUAGUUUAGGGAAUUUUUUUGUUUGGUUUUGUUUUUUUAGAAAAGUCAACAUGUCUGUUUUUAUUUAUUGCUUGGAAAAGAUCAUUUGAAGAAAAAUAAAUACAUUUCCAACCA